UAUGGGCUCUCGCUGCAAUUGGCCUUCCAGAGUUUCCUUCCAUUCGCUCCUCCCCUGCGGCAACGCUUUUAGCUCCCAACGCAAGAACGCAACGCCGCCAUACCCUUCCUUCCCUCCCCCUGCCGUUGCGGGAUCCUCCACCCGUUGCUCCUCUCUCAGUCCAGGGGCGGCGGAGAUCCACCCGGGCGAGGACUCGUUCCUUCUUGCGUUGGGUGCUUUACUAAUCAAUCCAUCCGUCGAUCCAUGAUUGGAUUAGGUUCUUCUUCAUCGCGCAAGAUCGACAUUGUUUGAUCUUAGUACCUAAUUAAGGAUGGUGACCUGAAGAAAUACUAUCUUCUCAUCUGUGUCAUAUGCCAGUUUCUAUUUGGGAAGAGUAGCAUUAAGUACUCUAGUUAUCCUAAAACAAAAAAAGUCUCUCAAAUGUUUAUAUGUUUUUUUUUUGUCUACUGUUGGCCACAGUAUGUAAAAUACGAGCAAACAAUGAAGAUGUAUGAAUUAGCACUCUGGUAAAUUGAUUGAUAAUAACGAUUAUUGUGGUGGAAGAGUUACGCCGCUCAGUGUUUACAUAUAUGUGGCAUAGUUUUACUGCUUUAGAAAUAGAGUGAGUGAUUGGGAAUUGUAUUAGAGUGAGGCAGCAUUCGCUCAGCAGUAACUGAUAGCUCAAAUAUCUCAUUUGGUUGAACCGAGUACAACAUUAUUCAAGGUUACCGUGGAUUAAAAUAUUAGUCAACUAGAUUUUUGGCCCCAUUUUGUUGAUCAAGAAUAGCCCAAUGUUUUCUUUCAAAACGAUAUGAAUAUAUGAUUAUUGAGGAAAAUGUUUGCAGCUUUUCUUAAGAUAGCAUCUAUUUUUUCUUCAGGUCAUCUCUUUGUCUGCUUGUUACUUCAUGAUUGGUCUCAUGGAAGACCAUGGGUCAUGGGAUUCUCUUUCAGUUGAUCACAUUAGAGCUCCUGCAUUCAACUCUGGAGUCGUUUCUGAGGCUAGCAAUGGAAGCAAAGAAUUCUCAGUUUCAUUGGACAUCGUCGUUCCUGAUGAUAUUCUCGAGAGAAUUUUCACAUUCUUGCCUAUAGCAAGCAUGAUAAGGGCAACAGCAGUAUGCAAAAGAUGGUACGACAUUAUCUAUUCAAGCAGAUUUCUUUGGACCGACAUGUCGCCUCAAAGACCAUGGUACUUCAUGUUCACCUCUAACGAAACUGCUGCUGGGUAUGCUUUUGACCCCAUCCUCCGGAAGUGGUAUGAUUUAGCGCUGCCUUAUAUUGAUAAGAGCAGCUGUUUUGUUUCUUCUUCUUGUGGCCUAGUUUGCUUCAUGGAUAAUGACAACAGGAACACCAUUUCUGUAUCUAACCCUAUCACUAAAGAUUACAAAAGGCUUUUGGAGCCUCCAGGUGUAACAUUGCCAGACUACAGUACGAUUGCCAUAAAGGUUGAUCGGCUGUCUCAUAACUACACCAUUACGUUGGCAAAAUCCAAGCAGAUUCCUGAAGAUUUUGUCCGAUGGGACUUUUCGGUAUACCAGUAUCAUUCAUGGAGUGGUACAUGGGUAACUGCUGUGAGCGAAGUGUUCAUUGGUUGGAGAGGGGGUGAUGAUAGUGUAAUAUGCGAUGGAGUCCUGUACUGCUUGAUUCACUCCACUGGUGUUCUUGGCAAUGUCAACCCCCGUCAUGGCCUUAUCAUGCAUGACCUUGUUGCUGGACCUUCUGAGACUUCGUUAAUGCAAAUGUCAGUCCCAGUACCUUGUUCUCUCACUUGUGGACGCCUGGUAAACUUAAAAGAGAAGCUGGUUUUGGUUGGCGGAAUUGCAAAACACAAUAGACCAGAUAUCAUUAAAGGAAUAGGAAUAUGGGAACUCAAUGAGAAACAAUGGCAUGAGGUAGCUCGGAUGCCACACAAAUUCUUCCAAGGAUUUGGUGAAUUUGAUGAUGUUUUCGCCAGCAGCGGCACGGAUGACCUUAUCUAUAUACAAAGCUAUGGUGCAACUGCCUUGCUUGUUUUUGACAUGAUGCAGAAGCAAUGGAGGUGGUCAGUAAAAUGCCCUGUGAGCAAAAGAUUUCCUCUCCAGCUUUUCACUGGGUUUUGCUUUGAGCCUCGGCUCGAUAUCACUGCUUAAUGUGUACCAUUUUAUCUUUUUGUCUUUCAGUGGAAUCAGAUCAGCUAUCAUGCUAUUAUUCAUGAAAAUCCAUGCAAGCUCUGUCUCAUUCUUUUGACCAUUUUGUUAUUUUCCUUUUAUGAGUUCUCACUGCUGCCUCCCUCUCAUUUGUCCUUCUGGAUGCAAUUAUUUGUUUUUGCCUUCAUCAGAUGAAUCCGUAGAAUGCUAUAUGUGCGGACUUGCGUAUCUUU